AUGCCCAAAGUCAUGCCUGUGAUCACCCUGCCGCGAAUAUAUGAGAACCAGCUGGCCGAGAGCGUGAACGCUCGAACCUCAAUUCUGGAUCAGCUCAACGAGCUUGGACCUCCAGACCUGGUGCAUUUCACCAAGUACGACAAGUCUUUGCAUUCAAACGUCGGUGAGUACCACUACUGCACCGGAAUCAACACCGUGUCGAUGGUUCAGCCCUAUAUGUACUUGCAAACGGCCCAACUUCGUGACAAACAACCGGCCUCCGAGAAACACCCUGUGACAGGUCUCUAUUGCUCCUAUAAUUGCUUCAGCAAGGGAGACUUGCGGAUCCAGCGCAAGUUCCCCGGUUUGGAAGAGCCCCUAGCCGAGUUUGUCCCCGCAUCCACCAAGAAAAAGUACGAAAUUUUGGAUGAAAACUCAAAUAUAUGGAUAGAGACCUACGUUUCAUGUAUCGUCAGAUCUCUGCUCUUCACUGAUGACAUUGAGCGCCAAUUGCCAGGAAUGUGUCGCUACAACAUGUUUGAAACCAAGAAGGAUGUCCAGGAGGCUAUCAUUGCUCUCGUGCGGAUGAUACCUAAGGGCGUUGCGUGCGGAAGCUCGAGUUUGGUGAAUCAUCCCACAAUCAUGAACAACAACCUGAUCGAGUCGCUGAUGCGACUACUGAAAAUGACCAAGUUCCAUGAUUUUGCCUUGCACGAGAUCGAGGCACUCGAAAAAUCGCACAAGGGCUUGAAUGCCAACGUCCUCAAGGUUAAGAUCUUGCUCCAACAGGGAGAAAAUAUAAAAGCUGUCAGGCUGAUGCAUUCCGCGAUUAAGGAGCAUUCGCGCGACGGACUGAUGCUUCUCGAGCAGGCACGGUUUCUGAAUGGCCAGAACAGAGCAGAUCUAGCCCUGGCCUCUGCCCAACGAGCCGUCGAGUGUCUUCCUACAGAAUUCGAAUGCUGGAAAACGCUUAUCCACUCUCACAUUCUGAACAAGGACUUCCAUAACGCUCUGUUGGCUCUCAAUUCCUGUCCCAUGUACACAAACAAGAAGAAAGACGUCUUCAAGGCAUUAAAGCCGAGGGAGUUUGAAUUCCCACUGCCACCGGAGGGAAAGCUGGAAAGAGUGUGGGACGAUACGGAAACGUUUGGUUGGGUGUCUGGCUACGGCGGUAUUGUAGAGUUUUCGCCUGUGGCACACAUUCAGAGCGUUUCGCAGUCGCAUCUCGCGCUUUACGACGAGGUCAGCAAGCUCCACAGCACCUUUCGCGAGGCAUACGACCUGCUGGCGAUCAUGGAACGGGCGCUUGGAUGGUCCGAGCUGCUAAGGCUGCGUUCAAGCAUUUUUGUGAUGGAAACUGAGUACAACGACUCGCUGAUGAUGGAGCAGCAGGAACAGCAGCGCCAAUGGGAGCAGAUGUCUCAGGGAGACGAAAACUCGCUACAAAUUCCCUCUGAGCGGCGCAGCCGUUCGAGAUCGAUCCGUUCGCGUAACGGAUCUGUCUCGUCUAACUCGCACGUUUCGAAAUUCCGCGGUAAAAGACUCAGCGAGCGCUGGCUGGACUCUCUGUUUUUGAUUCUUUAUGAUAACUUGAAAUCUGUGCUGAUUUGGGAGAAUGAAAAAAUGGGCAGCGACGAAACCCCGGUGCAGCACACCGCUCUCGAAUGGGAGCUUAUCGCAAUGGAGUGCCAAUAUAUUCACAGGUUCGAGGCGUCGCUGGUUCCAUACAAAACAUGUUUCGAUAACCGGUUCAGCGUUUUCGCAGCAUAUACGCUGCUGGAAUACUAUCUGUACUACACGGAGCAUAACACAGAGUUUGUGAAGCUGAACGGCAUCAAGUCCGAGAACUACAAGAUCACAGACGAGUAUGUUCUGAAAGUCUGCUGCAAGCUCCUGAGCUGGAACUUCCGAUUCUAUGGAGAGUUCUCGUACGUGUGUCUCCAGGUGCUACAGAAGCUGUUGCAAAACCAGGACGCUAUUCUGAUCAAGGAUCAAGUCGAAGGGCUGUUUGCUUACGAUCCACACUCCCAAGGGCUGGUGUCGCUUGUGGACAGAAGCCUGCGGUGGCUGGAUCAGUUCCAAGAUAUAGACAUAUAGACUUGUAAAUGGAGAGCACCGCCUGGAACUAAGGCGAG